CAGGACGAAUGGAGACAAGAAGGAACAAGUCUUGCUGCCACGAGCGGCAUUGAAAGUGCUGGAUGCAGCAGAAGAGUACCGCAAGGGGGUGGAAUAUUUCAACCGAGUGGUGGAGGUCGUGGAAAAGAUGGACAACUACGAGAUGAUGGUCUCAGGCCGGGUCCUACAAGAAAUUUUGGUCCAAGCAGGUCUCGCGGAGGCACAUCAUCGGCUGCGCACCUUCAAGGCUUCGGUGUCUCAGGAAGUCCAAGAGACCAGCAACACCGAAGACAGCUCAGUGGUGAGCUUUAAAGGCACUUUCCAGAAGCUGCUCCAAAAGGGCGUGAGCCCCGAAGACAUUCGCGCCGCCAUCGUCUCGCAGAAGGUUGAGCUGGUCCUGACGGCACAUCCCACUGAGGCACAGCGCAGGAGCGCCCUGAAGAAACACGAGCAGAUGUUGGAACACAUGAAGGUGCAUGACGCAAAGGACCAGCUGACACCAGGGCAACUGGAAGAACUGAAUGAUAACAUCAAGGCCAUACAGUGGAGCUGUUGGCGGACCAACACCGUGCGCCGCACCCGGCCCACGCCUGAGGGUGAGGCCCGCAAUGGAAUGUUGGUCAUUGAGGAAACCAUCUGGAAAGCCGUGCCAGAACACUACCGCCGAUUGGAUCGAUGUCUCAAACGAGUUGGAGUGGAAGGUUUGCCACUGGAUGCGUCAAUCCUAAAGGUGAGCAGUUGGAUGGGAGGUGAUCGUGAUGGCAAUCCCAAUGUCACCUGGCAAACCACCAAACAGGUGGUGACACUGCUGCGCUGGCGCAUCAUGGAGCUCUACUACCGCGAGGUGGAUGAGUUGCUCUACGAGCUCAGCAUGUCGGGUGGCAUCAGUCAGGAGAUGAUGGACGAAGUGGCAGCGGUCAGCAGCAUGUGGACCGCGCCGCAUCGCCCGGGCUCCAAGGUUUGUCGCCCCGACGAACGUAGCGGCGUGCACUGGAACUUCCACACGGGCGUGGCGGAGGACGAACCGUACCGGAGGCUUCUGAUGGCUGUACGUCGCCGCUGCUACCGGACCAAGGUGUCGAUGGAAGCACAGUACCUAGGAAAACCCAACGAUCCAGACUUUGAGAAGGAAGCCUUCAACAGGACGGAAGAGUUGGCUCGACCUUUCGAGAUUAUGUACGCUUCCUUGGUGGAAAACGGCGACGAGAUCAUGGCGAAUGGCAGGCUUCUGGAUCUCAUUCGACGCGUGCGAACCUUCGGUUUGUGCAUGGCAUGCCUUGAUGUGCGACAAGAAUCCGAUCGGCACGCAGAAGUCAUGGACACGUUGACUUCCUUCCUGGAUCUUGGGAAGUUCAGCAACUGGACUGAGAAGGAACGCUGUGAUUUUCUCAUCAAGGAGAUCCAAUCGAAACGUCCCUUGCUACCAGCGGAGAUGGAGAUGAGUGAGAUGGUGCGUGAGAUCCUAUCGACGUACCAGAUCAUUGCGACACUUCCCAGCGAAUCUCUGGGUGCCUACGUGAUUUCAAUGACUCGAACCACCUCGGAUAUCCUCACGGUGUGUUUGCUGCAGAAACUGGGAGGCGUGAAGAAGUUUAUGCGGGUGGCUCCAUUGUUUGAAACACGAGAGGACCUGAUCAACGCGCCAAAGGUGAUGGACGCUGUCCUCAGUGUCCCAUGGUACAGAAACCACAUCCAGGGGAAGCAGGAGGUGAUGUUGGGCUACUCCGACAGCGUGAAGGACGCUGGAAAGUUUGCAUCGACCUGGGAACUUCACCGUGCCAUGGAGAACCUACUGGAGGUGGGAAAAAAGCAUUGCGUGGACAUCACUUUCUUCCAUGGUCGUGGUGGAUCCAUUGGUCGUGGUGGUGGGCCACCACACCACAUCAUGUUGGCGCAGCCCGCAGGGUCCUUGCAAAACGGACACCUGAGGCUCACGGUUCAGGGCGAGAUGAUUGGCCGCAACUUCCCGAGCCCAGAGGUGGCCGAGCGCAGCUUGGAGCAGUACUCCACCGCUGUGUUGGAGCACACCUUGGCGCCGCCUCCGUUGCCGAAAGCGGAGUUCCGGGCGGCGAUGCAGGAGCUGGCAGACAUUUCGGCCAAACACUACCAAGACACGGUGUUCAAGAGUGAGGGCGACAUCUUUGUCCGUUUCUUCCAUACCUUCACCCCGACCUCUGAGCUUGGGCAGAUGAACAUAGGAAGCCGGCCAGCAAAGCGCCGCAACUAUGGUGGUAUCGACACCUUGCGCGCAAUUCCAUGGAUUUUCGCCUGGACCCAAACGCGGCUCCUGUUGCCCGUGUGGCUUGGAAAUGGGGUGGCCUUGCAGAAGUUUAUUGAUCAUGGGAAGCUUCCUUUGCUGCAGCAGAUGUACAAGGAGUGGCCAUUUUUUAGCUCCAUGUUGGACCUCAUCGAUGUGGAGUUGGGCAAAGCUUCCCCGGUGAUCACCGAACACUAUGAAAGUAAAACCGUGAGCGAUGACGAUUUGAAGAAGUUGGGAGCUACUCUGAGGGAUGGACUGCAACAGACCAUCACCAACAUUCUGAAGGUGAAAAGAAGCAGUGAGCUUCUUUCUAGCGAGCCGAAUUUGAAGACUGCCAUUGAUAUGCGCCGACCCUUCUUGGAUGCCACUCACGCCAUUCAAGCUGAAGUGCUCAGCAGACUGCGGCAUAGCCAGGGAGAAGUUCCCAAUGAGUUGCGAGAUGCGAUGAUCAUCAGCAUCCAGGGAAUUGCAGCGGGUAUGCAAAACACUGGUUGAAAAGUUGUGAAUUUCAGACCUCAGUUGUCUGAAUCUCCUAGUAGGGUCCAAUGCAAUUUCGUUUCAGGCUGGAGUUUUUUUU